CAACAAUAAUCUCCGGAUAAGCACCUGAAAUGCAUUCUGGGAUCCUGCACAAAAGUUAAUUAUAAGAACCUCUGCCCCCUUCUGACCUCGAUGCAUACUCGCAAGUUAAAAGAGCCAAAAAUUUAUGAUUAUGACCAUAUGCCUAGUUCAGUGGCGUCCAACCCGUCUCUCAAGCAUCAGUAUCCUAAGCCCCAUCCAUCCGACAGGUCACAAUAUCGGAAAAGGAAGAAGCUCGACGCACCGGCACCAGCAUAUUGGGAUAACCUGUCAAAGAUUUGGUUGACCAAAGAUGCGUUAGAGGAGUUGGAUCGAAGAAACAGCUGCCUGAAACCACCCCAGAACCAUCAUCAUCCUCUCACUCAACAAUUUCACACUGAGCUGUUUCAGUUUGCUCCAGCCUUUCUCCGUGAUUGUGCACCUGCUUGUUCAAAGCAGAUAAAAAGGGUUUCCAGAUUGGGAGGACCCGACCUAACUGACCUUAGAAAUUAUUCUAAACAGGAAAUCUUCCUUGAAAAAGCAAUGAGCUCAAGGUCCCGGGGUAGAAAGCGACGCGCAGGUUCUCCUAGUGCAGAUAUGAAGAGUACCACCAAGUCCACAAGCACCACACCCUAUAAUCGUAACUUCCAGCAGAAUUUAAUUGAUCAUGGUGUUUACCCUGAUGGAUAUGAAUAUCCAGAUGGUCGAAUACCAGCAAUGCCAAAAAACUGGGAGGAGAUCAAUAAAACACUAGCUCAACCCCGACCCUCCCUUUCCCCAUCAAACUUCUCUGAUGAACAUUUCCGGAAAUUCAAACGAGCAGAUACACAUGCAUCUAAAGAACAACCAGUCACAACAUCAGUGAUUCCUAUCAUUGAAGGUGACAUUGAUGAUCCCAAAUGCGCUGGAGGGGGAUACUCACUUGGAAAUCUUGCCCCCUUAACUGAUGGCACACUGGCUCAGGCCAAGCCAGAUCACUUCUACGGUGCGCGUCCUGAACAGCUCAAUCGCCAGAUCCGCAAUGAACUCUGCAAUUAUAUCAUCCCAUCAACACAGGAUGAUCUUCCGAUGGUACCAAAUUUCUUUUUGGAAGCAAAAGGGCCUGAUGGAUCCUUGGCUGUAGCUACACGGCAAGCCUGUUAUGAUGGCGCUCUAGGAGCUCGUGGCAUGCACACUCUCCAGUCAUACCAACAAGAUAGAUCAAUUUACGACAACAAUGCUUACACUCUUACAUCAACUUAUCAUGGCGGUCAACUCAAGCUAUACACAACUCAUCUCACUGAGCCCGAAGGCCUAGGCCGUCACCCUGAGUAUAUUAUGACCCAGCUCAAAGGCUGGUCAAUGACCAGUGACCCAGAAACCUUUCAACAUGGAGCAUCUGCAUACCGAAAUGCUCGGGACUGGGCAAAGAAAAAGAGGGAUGAAUUUAUUAGGGCAGCAAAUGAAACGCACGCAAAGGCCCAAUCUCAGCUUCAUUCAACCUCUCAGUGCCAGACAGCUUCCGAGGCAGCUCUCACCUUGGACACCUCUGAUCUAUCGACAUUGUCCGACCAAACAGAGUAUCAAGACACGCAAUGGAGCUUCGCAAAUACAACUGAAGAAGGAGGAGAGUCUCAGAUUCUUAGUAGACAUGCCAAGAAGCCGAGAGUUGGCUCCAUUGUUGAAGGUAAUACAGCGGGUAAUAAGACUACUAGAUGCCCGAACUGAUGAUAAAUAGGGCUCGUCAUGCACACGGGGAAGCCAUAACCUGCACCAGGGCAGCUUCCCUUGGGUUGAUCAUAGUCACGAGAAUACCAUAAUAAUGAUCGGAGUUUCUUUGCAUAACUCUGGAACUUCUCACCGGGGUGUGGGCCUUUUUAAAUCCACAUAAAUAUAAUACAAUAUGUUCUAUAUUCGUACAGCUUUUUCCCUUCCAAUAUUCCUAUCACAUAUUUUUAAUUUUUACAACUAAGCUACAUAGCAAGCGUGGAAAGACCCGAAUGUUUAGGUCUAGAAUCCAGUAACAGCAACUCGUACUGAAUUACACAUCAACCAGCAAUGACAAUUGGGUUUCAGAAAAGUCACUUUGUCUUCCGGGUCAGCAAUAAAGCCCACUGGACAUGGAAAUAAUCCUUACCGGCACUCAAAUGUUACAUGCUACCUCCCGAUUUUCUUUCGCAGAGGCCUGCAGAUCGGCAUCAUAUUGUUCUUUACUCUGUGUUUCUAUUGUCUCGAGUAUCGCGGACAUUUGCCCAAGUAUUUCAAUCAUUUUGAGCACCUGCCUAUGGAUCUCCAUGAUUUCGUCUUGCUGAGAUAUAUUGUCGCCGCCCUUGAUGUCCGAGGAGGUUGACAAAAGUCUUCGCAUGCCAUGGGUUGGCAUUCGGCAUGGAGGGGAAUGUUUUAAAACAUCCUACUGCAAGUGAGAAGAGCGACGGGGUUUCUGUUGAGAUACGAAUUUCCAGUUGAUGAUUUAUUGCGGUUUAAGAAUAUAGACAAUGGAUAUCCAGAAUCGGGGAGGUUUUUAUAUUCUCCAGGGCUAGACAAAAUAGACGAACUGAAAUGGUUCAAAGAAAAACCAAAGUGAGAGACAAAGAAAAGGGAGGGAAGAGAAAACAAAUAAAGACACAAACAAAGGAACACACACAAAGAAAAUACCAUACCAUGGGUGUAGGCCAGGUAGACCUUUGAUGGGAAUGUGAUAGGCAAUAUCAAUAGGGCUCCUGGGCUGGAAUGAAAUAUGAGAAGCGAAAUAAGAUCAAAUGAAGGGAAAAGAAGCAAACAAGAAAACAAUCAAGACAGGCAUAGUAAAUUGAUAUUGACACAUACACAGACAAAGAUCCUAACCAAUCGGCUUUACAAUCCUACGUCCACCCCCACUGUGCGAUCUGCCAUUGACUUGUCCCCUCGCGCGCGGAUCCCGGGAUCCACUACUCCGUACCUUUUCAACCAGCCACCACUACU